CGAAGGCUGAGACAUUAUAGUAAGUUAGUGGGAGAACAAGGGACCGUCGAGAAGACCAACUUUACAGAACGAAGGUUCGCGCCAAAUGACACAGUUGGUUUAUGCCAAUUUCAACGUCAUAAUCUAUAAUGGAUAUUCAAAGGUUUGAAUAAUGUAUGAAAAUAUACUGCGUGACAUUUGCGCGAGUUGUGAAUAUUGGGGCACCCAACACUAUGGACAGUUGUAGUUUUCCUAUUACCCAGGUAAAGGAAGGAGAGUGGAGAUCACCAAGAACAAUUCUGUUGGAAGGAGUUCCAAUUCAUGACUUUUUCACAAAAAAUCCUGCAGCACUGCGCGAGAUGAUCAUCAAUUUCCAAACAAGACACAAUGAUGUGUUUGUUGUGACUUAUCCGAAAUCAGGGACAACAUGGAUUUCAGAGAUCCUUUGGCAGGUGUAUAAUAACGGCGCAGAAAGUACAAAAAUGAUUUUUGACCGAGUUUCGUUUCUGGAGCGUGACCGUGCUGAUGUCACAACUCUCCCCAGUCCACGGCUUCUUCAUUCUCAUUUAACCCAAGAUGUCAUUCCUCAAGGAGAGGGCGAUGACGAAAGGUGCAAGUAUAUUUAUAUUGCACGGAAUCCAAAGGAUGUGGCUGUGUCAUUUUAUGAAUUUAUGAAGGAACAUGGUUCUCUUGCUGGGUAUAACGGUCCAUGGGAAUUUUUUGCCAGAUUAUUUGCAACUGGGAAAGUGUCGUAUGGUCAUUGGAGUGAUCAUGUGUUAGGCUGGUGGAGGCACAGGGAUGAUCCUAAUGUCUUAUUUCUCAAGUAUGAAGACUUGAUUAAGGAUUUGCACAGCAAUGUCUGUACAAUAGCCAAAUUCCUUGGUAAACAGCUCUCAGAAGAUAUCAUUACAAAAAUUGCUGAACAGUGCAGCUUUAAAGGAAUGAAGAAGAACAUGUCAAAUUACUGGGUAGAGCGCACAGCUCAGGGGCCAAAACUGUUACGCAAAGGAAAGAUUGGUGACUGGAAAAAUUACUUCACCCCAGAACAGAACACGAUGUUUGAAAAUGAGGUUAUGAACAAGCUGAUAGGGACUGGGCUGGAAUUUGACUUUGAAGGUUGAGCUUGAUUAUUGUCUUGAAAAAAGAUUUUUAAAUGCUAUCUACCUUAGUUUGUAUGUGUUACAGUGGAAUAUAGGGUAAGAUUCUGAUUAAUAAUGGUAAUAGGACUAAGUGGAGUCCAUUUUGGUCUGUAAUCAUACAAGUGAUUGACAAAAUAGGACAAGUGCAAAGUGGGAGUCUGAUUUGGUUAUCACGAGUAUGAUUACAGACAGAAUUGGACAACACAAAGUUCUGUUACUAAUUAAUCAAGACUAUGACAAAAUUUGAGAAAGAAAAUAGACAUUGGUUAUACAUGUUCAUAAAAAACAACAGUUAACUUAAUGAAAUGUAAGACAACUGUAUGGGCACCUUGAACUGUCCUGGUAUUACACUGUCCAAUUACAAGCAUGAUAGGUGCACUGUCUUAUUAGUGCUCAAAUCUGGCUGGUGAUAAUCAAUCAUUUUACUAUAGUUUUGAUUAAAAGGGAAACUGUAUCACUGCUUU